GGCAAGGGCGGCUUCGGCGAGGUCUGCGCCUGCCAGCGCCGCGCCACCGGCAAGAUGUACGCCAACAAGCGCCUCAACAAGAAGCGCCUCAAGAAGCGCCAGGGCUACGAGGCGGCGCUGGUGGAGAAGCGGAUCCUGGCACGGGUGCACAGCCGCUUCAUCGUCUCGCUGGCCUGCGCCUUCCAGACCAAGACUGACCUCUGCCUCGUCAUGACCCUCAUGAACGGCGGCGACCUGCGGUACCACAUAUACAACGUGGACGAGGACAACCCCGGGUUCCUUGAGCCGCGGGCCGUGUUCUACACUGCCCAGAUCCUGCUGGGGCUGGAGCACCUGCACCAGCACCGCAUCGUCUACCGCGACCUCAAGCCCGAGAACGUCCUCCUCGAUGACGCCG